GCGCCACACCGCGCCGACCCUAUAUUAAUCAAAUUCGUUAACAUCAUAACUAGUUCAUCUUUUUUCACCCGCACCGCAGUUUCACUCGCAACCCCGUCCGCUCCGUUCCGUGCAGUUUUAACAAUUUUCCAAAAUGUGCUCCCUAAUCACUAUUACUUUAUUAGGUUUGAUCGGAGUGUGCGUGGGUGCUCCGCAAUUUGGUGCUCCCCGCUACAACGCCCAGGUACCUAGGUACAACCCAGCGCCAGCCCCAGCCCAACCAGCCUUCGCCGCUGGACCCUACACGACCCCUAUUCCCAUCUUGGCACAAACUCAGCAAGUCAACACUGAUGGCUCAUACCAGUACAGCUACCAAACCGGUAACGGUAUUGCAGUACAAGAAAACGGCUACGUGAAGAACUUCGGAGUCCCGAACAACGAAAUCCAGGUCGCUCAAGGCUCAUACUCCUACACCGGCCCCGACGGAAUCCCCGUCCAAGUUACGUACGUCGCUGACGAGGGUGGUUUCAGAGCCGAGGGCGCCCACCUCCCCACCCCACCCCCCAUCCCAGUCGAAAUCCAGAGGGCGCUCGAAUUCCUCGCCACUCAGCCCCAGGACCAAUACGAUGACCAAGGCAGAAUCAUCGGCCGAACUGCCCCAAGAGGCUAAACACCAUCCAUGAAUUUUUUUCUUUGAGAGAGUCAUUUUAUCGCGCCACCUCUUAACUUAAUAAAAAUGUCCAGUUUUAAAUCCAAAAUCAUUAAGAACCGACAAUGACAAAUGCUUCUUAUGUAAUACAUUGAACAUCUAUAAUUUUGACAUGUAGGGUUUCGCGUUUUUUGUAACGAUUGCAGUUAUUUGUUAUCAGGUGGCGCGCAAAAAAAGACGAACAUCAUAAUGUACACAUUUUCUUUCCCUUUUUCUAAGUGCGUGUGACCUACAAAAGAAAAUUGGCCGUGUAAAUAGCCCCGAGGAAGUGCCAUAGAAUUAAAUAAAAAGAUCUCAUUACCAACUCGAGUGAGGUUAAAUCACUUGCUGGAAAAAUCAACGGUGAAAAUCAAACCUACCAUUCGUCAACCUAGCGAGAGUACAAAGCAAUCAAGUUACCAGCGCGGAGUGUAUACCGUUUUUCUGUAUUAAACUUUACCCUUGUGGUUGUAAGAUUGUAAAUAAACGAAACAUCUCAAGAAA